AUGGCCUAUAACGCUGUCGCUCAGGUGGAGGUCGCCUCGGACUCUGACUCUGACCAUUCGAAUCAUUCGCUUUCCCGUUCUCAAGGACGGCAUGUCGACCACCGUCACUUAGAAUCCGCUAGAACUGUCGAAAACCCCGAAUCCCAGUUGGGUGCCAUCUACCGCUCCAUGACUUCCUCCAACUACGAUGUGGUUGAGGCCGAUGACUACGACGCCGAUCCUUCCCCCAAACAUCACCGCAUUCCUCCACUUAACACCGCGGUCGCGCGCCAUUCCUCCCCCGAUCCUCCUUUACGAAGUGCUUCCAGCGAUAUCCCCAUCCCUCUCAGUCACCCAACCCCGGAUUUGCAAUCGUUGCAAGGUGCCUAUGCAGGCAAUGUAGAGCGACUGGAACAAAGCGCAGAGCGUCUAAGCUCCAGUACCGCCGACAUUGCCAGUGAGAUUCGUAAGAUGGACCAGGAACAAAAGCGACGAUCCCACAGUUCGGCUUCCAAUUCCGUAAUCAUGCGGAAUGGUGCAUUCUCCCCGGGCGCCAGCCUUACCAGAUCCCCUCAUGGCUCGACCCGAUCGCGAUCCACGCGCCAACGCUCCGCCUCUAGUGGAUCUUACCUGGCCCAGGUAGCGGAACCCGCCCACGAUGACGAUGGGCAUUUCAUGGACCAGUUUCCCGCGUCACUACUGAUCGCCCCACAAGUCCCCCCUCAUACCUCGAACGAUGGAGUCUUUCAUAGUCAAUAUGACAGCUCAGCGGCCCCCGUGGCUGCCGAGGAGAUCGAGCGUCCGGAUACGGCCGCAUCAGGAGAUACCUUCCAACAAGCCACAACGCUGUUUACCGACUUCGAUGGUGUUCAUUUCGCACCCCUGGAGCCAUCCGAUCCCGGUCGCCAGCUGUCCCUGAGCCAGCCGCCCCUGGCAAGCAAACCGCAACCGUAUAAGCAGCCCCAGACUGGCGAGAACAUGGUUUAUUAUCCCGCCCCUGUUCCACGCAUGUUGAACCUCCCUCCCAAAUUAUCUCGCAGACCACCGAUCGCAGAGCGCGAGAAACGUCGUACGCAGAUCUUGACUACCAUCGCGGCUGAAGAUAGGAAGGCGGCGUUUGGGGAAGGAGCGACCGAAGGUCAUAACGAUAAGCGACAAUCGACACUGCCUUCGCAGCUUCGAGCAAGCGUCUUCUUUGACAAACCGAGCACUACACUGGAGUUGGAAGUGAAGCAGGAUUCGGCGGUUGCGACACUGGAUAGCAUCCUCGACGCCUCGGCGCAUGCACCUGUCUCGGCUUUCACGGAUCACCCGUACGCGGGUCACAUUGGGUCGUACGUCUAUGGAAAGGAGCGAAAGGCCCUUCGAAAACAGAAGUUAGAUCGGAAUUCCCAGUUUCAAAUGGGGCAACAACAAAGCACCAGUAGAGAGAAUGUAUCAGAGGGUUCGGUUCAUUCCGACAGUGAAUUGCAACACGAAGACUCGGAGAGACAUCAUUCGAAUGGGUCGGAGGGCUCAGAUGUGUCAGGGAACGAGGAACAUGGGAAUUACCGGGAGAGCGGCGAUGAUGAUGAGGAGGAGGAGGAGGAUGAGGAUGAGGAAGAGGAAGAGGACGAGCCGCUGGACUAUGUGGGACCCCCAAACACCUUGCUCGCCGAACUAGUGCUGCGAAAGCAAGAGCUUGCACAGCGGAGACGUACGGCAGUCCCCCAAUACACGCCAGGCAUGCAGAACACACUUCUGGAGUUGGACGCGAUGGCCCAAAAGCAGAGCGAGAAGAGAAGACGUCGACCUGUAACUUUGGCCUGGGACAGUCGCAAUGCUGCUGACGAUGACGACGUGCCUCUUGCAAUGUUAUAUCCCGAUCAGAUCGCUGUGGAUGAUCCGGAUCAUCCACGCGGUCUAAUGGAAAAACAUCAUGUUGAGGAACACGAACCCCUAAGUACCCGUCGGGCUCGACUGAGGGGGGAGCCAAUUCCCGAGAAGCGACCUGUCACUUUUUAUGCCGCUGAGAAGCCACAGCCUGCAUCGGAGUCUGCAUCAACGCCCGCCGCAGAGGACGAGACAGGAGAGGAGAAUGAGACGUUGGCUGCGCGUCUGAGACGAUUGAAAGGCCGAAAUCCAACGGAAACAGACUUUUCCAAUAAUCUUCUUGCCGAAUUUGACAGCCGCCUCGGAUCCUCACAUGUCACAGAGGCUACACCAGCUCCUCAACAGCCCCCUGAAGAGGAGACCCUUGCUCAGCGACGAAUGCGCCUUCAAAAAGAAAGUGGCGCACAGCCUGGACUCGCAAAGAACCCGCGGGUGCGAAGAAGCAUGGCUGCUCUCCCCCAGGUUCGGCCCUCAAAUGUAGUCCGCAAGUCCUCUCACGACGCCUUUCAGCAAUCCAGUCGCACGCAACAAUUCGGAAACCGCAUGACCAUGCAGCAGUUCCCUACUACUAAUAUGGGAUACCAAGCACAGGCAUACCCAGCGAACCAGCCACCCCCACCGCCGUAUAGCUAUGGUCCUACUUACCCGCCCCCUUAUGGCUACAACAAUACCAUGAUGGCUAUGCACAGCGCAGGUUAUCCUAUGCCCAAUGUGUGUGGGCCAACCAUGACCCGACAGCCGGUUGAUCCCAAUCAACGCGAUGUCAUUGACCGCUGGCGGCAGAGCGUUCGCUACUAG